AUAUUUCUUCCGUCGCAGAGAAAUUAACAAGUACAACCUUAUACACCACAUAAUGCUGGAAACAAAUUAAAAAUCUAAGUCACCCCUCAAAGAACAUAACACCUCUCUCUAUUCACUAAAUUCCAAAAUCUCCAUCCAUAUUAUAUAUCAAAUCACUUCAAUUAUAUUCCUUUAUCAAUAAAAUUUAAAUGGCCAUUCUCCCUUCCGUUCUUCUUAUUACCAAGCUACUACUACUCUUCUCCACAAUUUCCUCUGCGACAGAUACCAUAACCCACUCACAAUCACUUCUCGAUGGAAGCACGUUGGUUUCAAAAGACGGAACAUUCGAAUUGGGUUUUUUCAAUCCAGGUAAUUCCCCAAACCGCUAUGUUGGAAUUUGGUACAAACAAAUCCCAAUUAGAAGAGUAGUUUGGGUUGCAAAUCGUGACAAUCCAACCAAAGACAAUUCAAGCAAGUUGAUCAUAACUCAAGAUGGAAACCUUAAACUUCUCAAUCAAAAUCAAUCACUUAUAUGGUCAACAAACACAACAACAACAACAACAAAGGUUUCAAAUCUAAUUGUUCAACUCUUGGACAAUGGAAAUUUAGUAUUGAAAAAUGAGAAAGAUAACAAUAUUGAAGAAAAUUUUCUUUGGCAGAGUUUUGAUCAUCCAUGUGAUACAAUAUUACCAGGUAUGAAGGUUGGAUGGAACAAAAAAAAGGGUCUUGAUAGGAGUCUACUAAAUUCAUGGAAAAAUUGGGACGAUCCAUCUUCAAGUGACUUUACUUCAGAUAUGGUAUUGACUCCGAAUCCUGAAAGCAGGAUUCAGAGAGGUUCAACCAUACUCUACCGAACAGGACCAUGGUCUGGUCCUCAAUCCGGUGGAAUACUUGGAACGAAGGAAAAUCCACUUUAUAAUUAUGAAUUUGUCAACAAUGAUGAUGAAGUGUAUUACAUAUUCAAUCUCAAGAAUAGUUCCGUUGUUUCUAUAAUUGUUUUUAACCAAACAAUUUCUCUUCGUGUACGCCUCGUUUGGAUUUCAGAAUCAAAGAUUUGGAGUGUAUACCAAAAGUUACCACAAGAUAGUUGUGAUACAUACAAUGUUUGUGGGGCAAAUGCGCGAUGUGCGAUUGAUGCAUCACCUAUGUGUGAAUGCUUGGAUGGGUUUAAGCCAAAAUCGGCAAGAAAGUGGAAUGCAAUGGAUUGGAGUGAUGGAUGUGUGAGAAGUGGUAAUUGGAGUUGUGGGGUUAAAGAUAGAGAUGGGUUUGGUAGAAUUGUUGGGAUGAAAUUGCCAGAUACUACACAUUCUUGGAUUGAUUAUAAAAUGACACUUAAAGAAUGUAAAGAAAAAUGUUUGAAAAAUUGUUCUUGCAGUGCUUACUCAAACUUAGACUCAACUGGAGAAGGCAGUGGUUGCUCAAUUUGGUUUGGUAAUCUUAUUGAUCUGAGAGUUUUGCCAAGCGGACAAGAUUUAUAUGUUCGAACUGACGCGGCAAUUAUUGGUGAUAAAAAUGGGCAUACCAAAACAAUAGUAUUGGGGGUUUCAAUCACAGUUUCAAUAGUCCUUGUGAUGCUACUGGGAUUCACCUACAUUUAUAUAACAAAGGCAAAACAUAAAGAUAAAAUCAUAAUGUUAGGAGAGAAAGUUGAAGACAAAAAUGAAGAUUAUGAACUUCCUAUCUUUGAUCAAGCUACAAUACUCAAGGCCACAAAUAACUUCUCAAUUGAUAACAAGCUCGGUGAAGGUGGUUUUGGACCGGUAUACAAGGGUACAUUGUUCGAUGGACAAGAAAUUGCUGUCAAAAGGCUUUCAAUGAGUUCUGGACAAGGAUUAAAAGAGUUCAAAAAUGAAGUCAUAUUAUGUACUAAACUUCAACACCGAAAUCUUGUCAAGGUUGUUGGUUGUUGUACCGAGGGAGAAGAGAAAAUGUUGAUCUAUGAAUACAUGCCCAACAAAAGUCUUGAUUCAUUUCUUUUUGAUCCAUUUCAAAGUACAAUGUUAGAUUGGUCUACACGCUUUAAUAUUCUAUUUGGAAUUGCUCGGGGAAUUCUUUAUCUUCAUCAAGAUUCAAGAUUAAGAAUCAUACAUAGAGAUCUAAAAGUGAGCAAUAUUUUACUAGACAAUGACAUGAAUCCAAAAAUUUCAGAUUUUGGUUUGGCCAGAAUGUGCGGAGGUGAUCAAAUUGAAGGGAGAACAAAUAGAAUAGUUGGCACAUAUGGUUAUAUGGCUCCUGAAUAUGCUAUUGAUGGAUUAUUCUCCAUAAAAUCAGAUGUAUUUAGCUUUGGCGUAUUAUUGUUAGAAAUUAUAAGUGGAAGGAAAAAUAGAGCGCUUACCUACCAUGAGCACGAUCUCAAUCUUAUUGGACAUGCAUGGAGACUAUGGAAAGAGAGCAUUCCACUCGAAUUGAUCGAUGAGAAUUUAAGGAACACAUGUGUUCUUUCUGAAGUAUUACGUUGUAUUCAAAUUGGUCUAUUAUGCCUCCAACAUCAUCCUGAUGAUAGACCAAACAUGUCCUCUGUGGUUGUCAUGUUGAGUAGUGAAAAUGCUUUAGCUGAACCAAAAGAACCUGGUUUUUUAAUUUCGAAGUUUUCAAUUGAAGGAGAACCGUCUUCUGAAAGACAAACACGUUCUUCGACAAAUGACAUAACUAUCUCACAAUUAGAUGCUAGAUAAUGAAAUUAGUCCAUUAGAAACAUUAUAUGUGAAACUAUGUAGCUUUUCCAUAUUUUUGUAAACGGUUACUUAUCAUACUUAAUUAUUCAAAGUGUUUCUAAGAACACAUUGUUGUAGAUUUUCUUGUUUAGUAGAAAAUUGACAGCAAUUCAAAUAAUGAAUACAAAGGCUUUUAUGUAACAA